AUGUCCAUGCUGCCCACGUUCGGCUUCACGCAGGAGCAAGUGGCGUGCGUGUGCGAGGUCCUGCAGCAGGGCGGCAACAUCGAGCGCCUGGGCCGCUUCCUCUGGUCUCUGCCCGCCUGCGAGCACCUCCACAAGAAUGAGAGCGUGCUCAAGGCCAAAGCCGUGGUGGCCUUCCACCGCGGCAACUUCCGCGAGCUCUACAAGAUCCUGGAGGGCCACCAGUUCUCGCCGCACAACCACGCCAAGCUGCAGCAGCUGUGGCUCAAGGCGCACUACAUCGAGGCGGAGAAGCUGCGCGGCCGGCCCCUGGGCGCCGUGGGCAAGUACCGCGUGCGCCGCAAGUUCCCGCUGCCGCGCUCCAUCUGGGACGGCGAGGAGACCAGCUACUGCUUCAAGGAGAAGAGCCGCAGCGUGCUCCGCGAGUGGUACGCGCACAACCCCUACCCGUCGCCGCGGGAGAAGCGCGAGCUGGCCGAGGCCACCGGCCUCACCACCACGCAGGUCAGCAACUGGUUCAAGAACCGCCGGCAGCGCGACCGAGCGGCCGAGGCCAAGGAAAGGGAGAACAGCGAGAACUCCAACUCCAGCAGCCACAACCCGCUGGCUUCCUCGCUCAACGGCAGCGGCAAGUCGGUGCUAGGCAGUUCGGAGGACGAGAAGACGCCGUCGGGGACCCCGGACCACACCUCGUCCAGCCCCGCGCUGCUGCUCAGCCCGCCGCCGCCCCCCGGGCUGCCGCCCCUGCACAGCCUGGGCCACCCUCCCGGCCCCAGCGCCGUGCCCGUCCCCGUGCCCGGGGCCGGCGGCGCGGACCCACUGCAGCACCGCCACGGCCUGCAGGACUCCAUUCUCAACCCCAUGUCUGCCAGCCUCGUGGACCUGGGCUCCUAGAGCCCUGCUCGCCUCCCGGCGCUGGCUUCCGCGCUCGGUGCGGGGACGCGAGAGGCGGUGCGGGAGGGCGGUGGACGCUGGAGUCUGCGCCGGGGCCUGGAGGACCGGCCGCCCUGGCACGCUGGGGCCGCAGUACCGGCGGCGGGACAGAGUGGACAACGGACUGCUCGGGAUCCUUGAGGGAUUCUUUUUUAACGACUUGCUUCUGAGAUCCUUUGGAGGCCAGGGACCGGGUCUUAAACCAGGCAAGGGAAUAAAUUAUAAACAACCACCACCCUAUUUUCCUCAUCUCUUCUCCCUUCUCUCGCCUUUUUCCUCCCUUCACUUCCCUUUCGGGUCUCUCAUUUCUCUUCUUUUCUUUCUCUCUCUCUUUCCCUCCCUCCUUGUUUUUCUCACAUUGUACCCUCAGUCUUUCUUCCUUCUGGUCAUCUAUUUGAGUCCCUUUCUCUACCUUUUUAAGAGUCCACGUGAUGUGAAGGGAGGUAGACAUUCUGGGCCUUCGCCCCUCAAAGACUCUCCCCCUCUCCGUGUGAGCCUAAGGUGCCAGCUUUUGACUAAUAAAUGAGCAAGAAAUGGCUGCACCCCAGAAGCACUAGAACAUUCAUUCUCCUCUCUCUUCUCCCUCUCCCUCUCUCUUUCCCUCCCUCCUCUCCUCCCCACUAAGCUGGUUCUCCUUCCUCCUGGGACUGUGGCCUGAGUGCUCCCAGCCCAGAAUGCCUCUGCAGCCGCCGACUUGCCUGUUCCUUUUUAUGCCCUCAUGUGAAUGUUCGUCGGGAGAUA